CGCAGAAACUUUGACUAAACAAGCUCGAUAUUUAUUUUCCAAUUCCGCUAAAAAUGGUGACUGCUGCCGGUGUUAUUCCGUCAAAUAAUGUCAUUUUCUGGUGAAUCUCUUCCCGUUUGUGAAGUGAAAUAUAUCAGGAAGUUUCUACGGAAGUGUGUGAGAAUCGAAAGUGAAAAAGGAGAAAUAUUUGAAGGAGUUCUCUUGGCUUGUGACCCAGUUUCCCAAAGUUGUGUUCUGCUAACAAGUGCUGAUGAAGAAAACUUAAAAAACAGUGAGAUUGUGAUCGUGCCUUCAGUGGACUGGAGUAAAGUAGAAUACCUGGAGUCCUCGAGCAAGGAUUGUUCCGAGGAGUUGAUUAAUCAACUGUUCCUUGGUUCCAAUACAACCUUGAGUUCUGAGGAACUAAAGGAACGCAGAAAUAAUCUCACAAAGUUUCUUCAGUCGCAUUCUCUAACUUUAGAGGAACAAGGAGAUCGUUUGAUUGUGCAAGGUUGUGUUACCAUUCGUCCCCCCUAUACAGCUGCCGACUGUAGAGCAACAAAUGAAAUCGUCCUGGAUCGUAUUUCAAGUCUCGUCCAGCGAUUCUACAGUUAGAGGACGAGUUUGUCUUUGCUAAAAAGGACGAUACGAUCAGUUUGAGUGAAAGAACUAAGUGACGAGUUAAGUAAAAGACGAUGUGAUAGAUUGUUAGUGAAGUGAUAAACUGCAUUUUAAUAUUUAUUCUGAACAACAUUACACUCAGAUUUCAAGGUUUGUUACAAUUAUUUUCUUCAA